GAGGGGGGGGGGAGAGAGGGAGAGGGAGAGCGAGAGACCGACCUCCGGCGUGUUGGCGAUGCCUCUCCUCCGGGCAAGGAAAGCAGCCUGAGCCCCGGGGGAGGAAGAGAGAGAGACACACACACAGAGAGAGAAAGACAGACAAGAGUGAGAGAGAGAGACCUCCUGCCUUGCCUUGCCUUGCCUUGCCUUGCUUUGCUCUGCCCCCCAUCUCCUCCCACCCUCCCGGUGACUUCUCUCGCCUCCCACGGCCGCCCCUUUUGCGCCUUUUCUCUCCCCCCUCCAAAAAAAAAAAAAUCUUGGCCGGGGAUGCGUCUGUUCCCAUCUGGCUCGAACUUCUCCCAGGAGCGGCGGGACUCUAGGUUAUGGGCAAGUCAGAAAGUCAGAUGGAUAUAACUGAAAUGAACUCUCCAAAACAAAAGAAAAAACAGCGAUGGAGCGCUCUGGAAAUAGGGCUAACUGUUGUAGUGAUUCUCCUUGCAAUUGUGGCUAUUACCAUGAUUGUUCUGUAUGCUACCUAUGAUGAUGGCAUCUGUAAAACAUCUGAUUGCAUAAAAUCAGCUGCCCGAAUCAUUGCUGACAUGGAUCCAACAGCAGAACCUUGUGAAAAUUUCUAUCAGUUUGCUUGUGGAGGAUGGUUAAAGAAGAACAUCAUCCCAGAGACAAGUUCCCGUUAUAGUAACUUUGACAUUUUAAGAGAUGAGCUAGAAGUUGUUUUGAAAGAUGUCCUCGACAAGGAAAACAAUGAUGAUAUAGAAGCUGUUAAGAAAGCAAAAAUGCUUUACCGAUCUUGCAUAAAUGAGACGACUAUUGAUAGCAGAGGAGGGAAACCACUCAUCGACAUAAUGCCAACUUUUUCUGACUGGCCUGUGGCAUUGGAUAACUGGGACCAUGAUUAUGGUGCCUCAUGGACAGCCGAAAACUCUAUUGCAAACUUAACUUAUCAGUAUGGGAAAAGGGUCAUCAUUAACUUCUUUGUUGGUACAGAUGAUAAGAAUUCUACGCAACAUAUAAUUCAUAUAGAUCAGCCUUCUCUUGGACUCCCUUCCCGUGAUUACUAUGAAUGCACUGGAGUUUACAAAGAGGCAUGCUCAGCCUAUGUUGAUUUUAUGAUUUCCGUAGCAAAGCUGAUCCGCCAAGAAAGAAACCUUACCAUCGACGAGACAGUAAUUGCUGCAGAAAUGAGAAGAGUAAUGGCUCUGGAGACAGAGAUUGCAAAUGCUACCACCAAAGCUGAUGACAGAACUGACCCCCUUUUACUGUAUAACAAAAUGACUCUCGAAGAUAUCCAGAAGAAUUUCACUUUGGAAUUCAAUCACAAGCAAUUCAGCUGGUCAACAUUUUUCAAUAAUAUCAUGUCAAUAGUGCAAAUUAACAUUGAAAAUACAGAAAAUGUGAUUGUUUGUGCUCCAGAAUAUCUACUCAAGCUAGAAUCUAUCCUUAAUAAAUACACAGCCAGAGACAUUCAAAACUACAUGAGCUGGCGAUACAUAAUGGAAAUGGUAAACAGUCUAAGCCGUGAAUACAAGGACACAAGGAAUAAUUUCCGUAAGGUGCUGUAUGGUACAACAUCGGACACUGCUGUUUGGCGACGUUGUGCAAAUUAUGUCAAUGGCAAUCUGGAAAAUGCUGUGGGGAGACUAUACGUAACAGAAGCAUUUGCUGGAGAAAGUAAGAAAAUGGUUCAAGAUAUGAUUACACAAAUCCGUGAAGUUUUUAUACAUACACUGGAAGAACUCACUUGGAUGGAUGCAGAAACCAAAAAGAAAGCAGAAGAAAAGGCUCUAGCAAUUAAAGAAAGAAUUGGCUACCCUAAUGAGAUCAUAACAGACACUGCAAAGCUGAAUGCAGAAUACAAGGAUCUGAACUACAAAGAAGAAGAAUAUUUUGAAAACAUGGUUGAGAACUUAAAGUUUGCCCAAAAGGAAAGGCUAAAGAAGCUUAGAGAAAAGGUCGACAAAGAAGAGUGGAUAAGUGGAGCAGCUGUAGUGAAUGCCUUUUAUUCGGCAAACAGAAAUCAGAUUGUCUUUCCUGCAGGAAUUUUGCAACCACCUUUCUUUAGUGCAUCCCAGCCUAAAUCCUUGAAUUUUGGUGGCAUCGGCAUGGUCAUCGGCCAUGAAAUCACACACGGCUUUGAUGACAAUGGUAGAAAUUUUAAUGCAGAUGGAGACCUGGUAGACUGGUGGAGUCAAGAAUCUGCAAACAAUUUUAAGAAACAAUCUGAGUGUGUGGUAUAUCAAUAUGGAAACUUCUCGUGGGAUCUGGCUGGUGGACAACAUCUCAGUGGAGUCAAUACCCUUGGGGAAAACAUCGCUGAUAAUGGUGGCAUUAGACAAGCAUACAGGGCUUAUGAGAAUUUUGCCAAAAAGAAUGGGAACGAGAAACGCCUUCCUGGGCUUGACUUCGACCAUAAGCAGCUGUUCUUCCUGAACUUUGCACAGAUAUGGUGUGGAACAUACAGACCGGAAUAUGCUGUCAACUCUAUUAAAACAGAUUCCCACAGCCCUGGCAAGUUCAGGGUUCUGGGAACAUUACAAAACACGGCAGAGUUUUCUGAGGCCUUCAAAUGUGCCAACACGCAAUACAUGGAUCCUGCAAAAAAGUGCCGAGUUUGGUGACAGGGUUACCAAGAAAAAAGAAAUUUCCAGAAAUCUGGGGUGGUUUGAACCUGCCAGGAGAGGAUUUGCUGCAAAAGGAACAAUAACAGAAACUGAUCAAAUGCACUAAAGCAAUGCAGUCUCCAAAAAGAAAGAGAAAAGAAAGAAAGAGAAAAAAGAACUAAAUACCUUGCUAAGGCAGUCACUGCCAACCAUUACCUGGACUCAACUUGGGAAACGCUAAAAGGCUGCAUAUCUAAAGUCUCUUCAUUUUUUAAAAUGAAACAAUUUAUUUCUGAUUUUCACUCAGUUUGCUGAUUUUGUUUAAUAUUUGAACCAGUUCACCCAGACAUUAGCUUGAACACAUAUUGAACCAUUGGAAGUGUGCUUAGACUUAACAAUCUGCUGUCCUAUAAAUGUAUUCUGUUAUUUAUAGUCAGAUGGUAGAGAGGGGUUUCAAAUAACACAGUAGCUGGGAUGUGAAAUAUUAUGAUGAGUUAAGGAGUAGAUGGGGUUCUUUAAUAUCUCCCAUUUAUGGCUCCCAAGCUUUUCCAAAUCCUUGUUUUUCAGAGGCGGACUAAAGAAAAAGAGAAAUUUAGGGACCCUAAGACAAGACUGAUCAAGCUUAACCAACUUAGAAACCUAUUUGCAUCCAGACAUUUUCAUACUAUAACACCAAUGACAUUAGCUGCAAUUGGAAAUAGCUAGUCCUGAGUAAAAACUGGUGGCUCCACAUGCCAUGACCAUCUCUGUUCUCAAUAGAAGAUGUCAAGAUCAGUAGUGCAUGAUGGAGUAGUGCAAUACUGAUGGAGGUGUGCAACCAGAUAUAAUUCAGUUUUUUGCAGGACUUGGGGUAUGUAUAAUUGGCUCUGCCCAGUUCUGGCUGAAUGAUAGCCACCCAACAGGCCCUGAUUUCCCCCCACUUCUGCAGCUUUUUAUCUUAAAGGGGAACAGCUUCACAGGACAGGCUUUCUUCCCUCUGCCUCCAUGAAAUAUUGCAUAUGGGAGUCUAGUCUGUGCAAACACCUACCGCACUGUCCUGUGCACUGUCUCUUAAGGCUUUCCCUGUUCCAUUUUUAUUUGAAGCCAUUUUUUUAAAGAACAAUCCAAAGACAAAUUGUAACCUACUUAAGAGAUUAAUGAUUGACCAAAAUUAUUAUGUGCUGCUUUCCUGUCAAAAUGAUACUGUAGAUAAUUUAUUACUGUUUUUAGCAUAUAUUGUAUUCAGUCCAGAUGUAAUCAAAAAUUCCUCCAUGUUUUUUUUCUAGGAUUAUCCUGCUUUAUUUCAAAUCUUGUGCUUUUUUUUAAAGGAAAAAUUUGUAAUAAUAUAUAAGAUUAUAAGAUCAUACUUUUUUAUAUUUAAUUCUGAGCUAUACCAGACAUGAACUGUUAUAUAUUAUUACAAUUGGUAUAUACCAUUGGUGUGUCAGGAUCAUUCUGAACACAGAAGUCUAUCAAUUGGAGGUACAGACGGGUGAAAUGAUUUUGAAAUAAACUGUUAGAAGGCCAGUUCUACAACUACUAGGACCUACACACCUAAUGUGAAUGAUGUUUAUAAUUCCUCUGAAUCAGCAAGACCUUUUGCUUCAGUAAUAAUAUUACUAUUGUAGUGUUUGCAUUUCUGGACUCUUAGUAGUAUUAAGUCUUUUGAAAUCUGCUAUAAUAAUUUUAAGUGCUCUCCCACAGGUGGCCUAGGAACAUAAUGCUUCUGGUAUUGAAGCACAGAGAAAUUUCCAAAUAAUAAAAUAAGUACCAGAUACCUCGGAUGACUUAGAUGGGUCUAUUUCUGUGCAUUUAAAGAAUCUAUGUGCAUUUUACUUUUCAAAUUUGUCAUUGGAUGAAGCGUUUUAUAAUUAAAUGGAAUCCACAUUUCUUAUUGUCUA